UACAAUUUAUACACAUGCACACAUCACACACGAUCUCGUUGGCGCACACAAGGGGGGUUUCGUAUUUACGCACACCACACAUGUUUACACAUUCUCCACCCAGGCUUCCCCAUUUCACGCAAAUGCGAGAAACAUGGUAAAAAAACAAAAAAAAAAAAAGAUCACAAAAAGAUUUUUUGCCGCCAUUUUCUUUUUUGCUUUAUAUCUUUUUUUUCUUUUCUUUUUCCAAACCAAGAAAAGAGAAAGAAAAGAGAAAGCGUGUUUUUGGGCAGAAGAAAUUAGGCAUUGGGCUCACUUUUGUGAGAUUUGGCGUCUUUUUUUUUCUUUUUCUUUCUUUCUUUCUUUUUCUCUCUGUGCGUUUCCUCUCAAAUGAAAGAGGGUUAUUGUUAACUUGCUUUCUCUGGAUUG